AUGCUAUCCCUACAUCUUCAAAGAGAAUCCCAGAGGUGGGCAGCUCAACGCCAGAGCUACCCCGCACCCCUCUCCUUCGACGGCUCAAGCAGCUACGAGGACAGCGACUGCGAAUCAGUCUUCUCUAGCAGCAGCAGCAACAGAUCGGGGUGGUCUUCUGUCUCGAGCGAGGCACCCGACGACGAGCCGCCGCCGGCAGCCUUCGAGCAGCCCCGAGACUCCAACGGAGCCCCUAUCACCAUUUACACAUCCCUAGAGCAAGCAGUAGCCCAGAGCACACAGAUAGCCGAGGCGCAAGGUCCCAGGCGGCUAGUCACACCAGGCAAACUAUACGAGAACGAGGAGGACGACGAUGAGAUCAUCGAGUGGGCGGAGGAGAAGGACGGCAGCGUUAUCCCCGUGAGCUGA